GUGGUAAGGCUGACUUGCUGACAACUUUUCUGAGAAGAGACCAUUUUGUAUUAGAGGAAGCAGUAUCUCUCUUGGAUGUGCUAACAACGUGAUUCUGAAAUAAAAAGACUGCUAAGGAGAAGAAGGAGCUGGGCGUUUAGGCAAAGGGAUUACUGGACUUGCUGGAGCUGAGCACACGCAGGGGAUAUAUGGCCGUUUCACUGACACUACUGGCAUGAACGUUCUCUAACUGCCUGGAAGAGAAAACGUAAAAUGGAUUUGAGAAACAUUCCCUAUCGUUCAGACGUGGUUACGUGGAACCCAGAUGACUUAGCAGAAUAUUUCAAGACAUUAAAGUACAAGGAUUGUGAGAAAGUCGUGAGAAAGUACAGUAUAAAUGGACAAAGAUUUUUGAACAUGUCUGAAAAUGAUAUUCAGAAAUUUCCCAAACUCAGAGUGCCAAUUAUAAGUAAAUUAAGCCAGGAAAUUAACAGAAAUGAAGGAAGGAUAUCAUUCUUUCCAAAACGGGCCCAAACACAAAAGUUUCCUGAAAACCCAGGAUACAGUCAAGAAGAAGAAGAUGACUGGUCUUCAUUUGAUGAAGACGAUGACUAUGAAAGCCCUGAUGAUGAUCAGGAAAAGGAAGAUGAUGCUGACUAUGAAUCACCAACAGAAGAACCUGAGGAAGCAGAACAUGACAGCGAUGGCUAUGAGCCGCCUCCAUCCAAUAACGAUGAAGCACACCACAAUGUCAUAUUUCCUGCCAAGUCACUUGCAAACAAUACAGAUUACAUAGACAGACCUUCAACAGCUAGAUCAUCAAAUCAGCCUCCAGUACCACCCCAGCGACCUGGCCCCUCCCCAGUACCAGCCCCACCUGGGGGAAGAGGUGCUCCUCUGCCACCCUUUCCUCCUCAAUUAAGCAACAAUGACUUGAACAGAGACAGAAAUAUCAAGCCUUCGAAACCUCCAGCUCCUUCUAUAGACAGAAGCACGAAACCCCCACUGGAUCGUCCUGCUCCGCCGUUUGAAAGAGAAAGCCCAGUAUCAGGAAGGAAGCCAGGCUUUCCUGAAAAGCCUCUGACUCCACAACUAAGAUCCCUGGGGGAACAGCUAGCAAUGAUGCCAAAACCUCCUGUCCCACCAAGUGAUAGAUAUGAAAGAGGCAAUCCAUCUCCCUUAAGGAAGCAACACCCUGUAAAGCAGGGAUGGCCACCACAAAAAAAACCUGAGGAAGAAGAUGAGAUUGCACCCCAAAGAUCAGUGCCACAGCUGUCUUUGCCCCCAUACAGCUCCAAUACAUUCCCUUCAAGAUCUAUCAAGCCUCCACCUAAGCCAGGAUCCAACAGUAUGCCUGGUGCAGAAAGUGCUAGCGGCCUGCCUUCAAGUGGCUCACUACCACCACGCUUCCAACUCGGCAACAACCACAGAUCUCCUUCAAGAGGCAAUGCAGAUGUAAGGCCUCCACUGCCAAUUCCUAGCAGACAGACUGUUCCCCCACCAAACACAGAGGAAGACGAGGAGUCACUAAAUGAUGAAUGGUAUGUUGCUGAUAUUAGCCGGCCGGAGGCAGAAGCCGCUCUUCGAAGAAUAAACAAGGAUGGAACUUUCUUGGUGAGAGACAGCUCAAGAAAAACUGCUACUCAUCCAUAUGUACUGAUGGUUUUAUACAGAGACAAAGUAUACAACAUUCAGAUUCGUUACCAGGAGCAAAAUCAAGUAUAUUUGUUAGGAACCGGCUUAAAAGGAAAAGAGGAUUUUUCUUCUGUAGCAGAUAUCAUUGAUUACUUCCAAAGAACACCCCUUCUUCUGAUUGAUGGAAAAGACAGGGGUUCAAGAAACCAGUGCAUGUUAAAAUAUGCUGCAGGACAUAUUUAACUGAGAGCCUAAUGAAGGUCAUGUACAGGUUCAAAGUCUGCUAUAGUCUGUAAGCCUCAGCGUAUUUCCUUUUUCAAUGAACUUAAGUCAUAAAGCGGCAAUUAAAAAUCCUUUUAAGAAAAAAAAGGACAAUGCUUUUAUUUUUAAAACAUGCUUUAAAUGCGAUAAAGCUGAUCUUCCUACAAUGUAUUUAUUAUUGUCCACUCAUCACACACUGCAUGAGAACUCUUUAUGUGAGGAAAACUGUCUUCCAACAUACAUACAUCUUAUUGAAACGAUUUCCAUGCUAAAUUAGAGGACCCAUGACAUACAUACCAAUACAGGUCUUUUCUUUCUUAGGAAGAAAAAUUGUAAGCUAUUUUUCAGGUCUGAAUUGCAGUAGCAAUUACAUUAUGUAAAGUGAUAUAAAGUAGACCCAAAUCUUGGCAAAGUUGAGCAGCAGACAAAGUCAACAAAAGCUUUAUUUUUCACAGUCCACUUCUCAGUAAAUCCAGCCAUGGACAAUUCUCUCAAAAGACUGGGACUCUGGCCUGACCCUAAAACCACCUAACUUUCAGUGAUACAGAAACCCUGGAUAUUAAUCUGGCUAUCAAGAUCUGUGUCCAUGUUAUUCAUCUAUUAAACAGUCUCUGGUCACCCUUUUUUUGGAAAAACAGACUAUACAGAGAUACCACCUUCUAUCUGCCACACCAUUUGUAAGUCACUGAUAGCAUAUCCUGUCCCUCAAAAUGGAAGUAUGCAUCUCCUAGGAUCCUUCAUCCUCAUUCAGAAAGAAGCUUUUCUUCCUUACCAGAGGCUUUCCUUUAGCUGUCUCUUCCUCUCUAAAUUAAGUAAUUACUGUUUCACAAGAGACAUCACCCAGAUCAUCAUCAUGUGAUUCUCAAUUGGCAGACCACACCCAAGUCUGUUAGAAAGCAGGCAGAUACAAUCAGGAUAAGCUGAGUUCCUCUUACAAAACUGCUUUCUGUUCUUACUGUAUUUUUUCAAGAAAAAUAACAACAUUCUCAGUUCUAAAAUGUAAGCUGCACCUAAAGACUACUGAAGAAUCAUUACAUCAAGAGUUUUUUCCCAUUCCUCUAUAAGUGGGACUUACCCAAUUGUUUGUCUAGGUUUUCUACUGACUUGUUUUCUGAGAAAGACCUUAAUUUGAGACGUACCUUGGACUUUGUCACACUUCUUUUCCUUAAAGUUAUUUUGUGUGUGUAUCUCUUGAAACAGCUGAACCACAAUUCAAGGCAGGAUAAUAUCUUCAGUGUAAUUUGUAUAGUUUCUCAGAUAAGAUAAUCAGAUUUCAUAAACAGUUCUACAACUUUAAAUAUAUUUAUUUUGUAAAUGUUAUCUUCAUUUCCAAUAUAUUUUGCUAGAAGCUGGAUUUAGAGCUAAAGAGUUUCAUUUUCAUGUAGCUAUGAGCCCCCAACCCCAAAGGAUGAAGAAUAAAACUGAAAAAAAAAAUCUUCAACCGACAAGACUGAUUUCUAGCACUAUAUAUUUUUUUAAAAUUUGCUAUUAAUCUUGAGAAGGAAGACUCAGGACUUAUGUUUAUCCCAAAAUGCUAAAAUUAAGAACAAAUGCCCCAUAUUACCACUGUGAGCUGGAGGUUUGUAAUAUUAUUCUACAACAUCACCUUGAAAAUUCUGAUAACCUGAAGUGCCUUCUGUGGAAUUGUGUCUUGUUUUAAAUCAUCUUGUUAGUGAAAAAGCAACAAAAUACAAACCAGCAUAACAAAUUAUAACACUGCAUAUUUUCUUUUCAGCAGAGUAAAUCUGGAUUUGAUUAUUCAGAAAAAUACAUUUUGUCUGAAUAAAAACAUCUCUCAAUAUUGAAACAUUUCCGCAAGUACAGUAUGUUUGAAUAUUCACUGUAAUAAAAUAUACAAAAAUGUUGGCUACCCAAAUUUGGGACCAAUAAGGACAGAGUGUUUAAACCAGUAACUCUUGCUUUCUUUUUUUAGCUAGUUGCAUUAGAAGGUCACUACAGAAACUAGAAUGAAAGUACUUUUGGUUUUCCAGAAGUUGCCUGCUAUUUAGCUCCCUUCCACAGUAACAUUUUUAGAAUAAGGAAGGCAGAUCAAAUGACAAGUUGCAGUUUCUCUUUUGCUGAUCCCUCCUUUUCCCGUUUCCCCUAGCAGCAUUGAGAUAAGAGAUAGCAAUGACUUGAAAUAAUUUAAAAUCUUCUGUUAAUGUUCCGAUAGGUCCCUGAAAGGAGACAACUACAUGUGAAAAAAUUUAUGCCCAAUUUCCUGUCCUUUCUAGUUAAUGAUGUCACUCUUAGCCUAAUACGUUUAAUUUAGAGAAUUUGGGUUAAAAAUUGUCUUAAAGUCAAUAAGCUAAUUAUAACAUUUUUUCUGUUCUACAUUUCCUGUUUAAAAUAACAAUAUUCUAAGUGAGGAAAACCAUACUAUCUUUUACAGCUCAAACUGAAGGACUAUUAAUAGAAGGUAAUGCACGAAAAUGAACAGUAUUACUUAAUUCUUCAAACUCCCAGGUUUUUUUCGUCAGCUUCUCUUAGAUCUUUGGCCUUCAUGGGAUGGCUGAAAUUCAAAAUAAGGUCACAGAGCAGUAGCUGGCUUUCCACUGUAAGACAAAGGGUAAUGUAUUGUCAUGGCAUUUAUUGAAUGGUAGAUACUAAGUGAAAGGCAAUUUAACGCAGCACUUUCAAGUGUUCAUCCCUCAACUCUUUCAUAAACUAAAAGGAUCAUUUUGGCUUGGUUUUACUCCAAUUUACUCCAAAGCAGUUAAAUAAAGUUUGGCACUAGGGUAUUAGUACUACUUCUAUUAGGAGACUAUUGUGUCCCUAUAAAGUAAUUACUUUGUUUAUCUAACAGUUUUUUUCCAUGUUUAGCUAGUAUGAUUCCAUGCUUAUGUAAAUAUUGUUUCAUUAAUUUUUCAAAACAAAAGAGCAAGUUUCCUGUUUCAUUACAUUAAAAAAAAGCUCUAUGAUAAAGAAAACAUGAGCGAUUCACAACUGAACAUUCUUUUAAACAAUGCCUUAACAUCUUCCUGUUUAAGUGGGUGAUGACCUCAGAAUUACCAUUUAGUUUCUUCAGCUCAUUGGACAUUUUAUCGACAUUUUUAAUCGCAGCUUCAAGGUUAAACUGCUGAUCAGUAGCAUCAGUUUUAAAUAUCUGUAUGAAAUACAAUCAAAAUAUAACUGGUACUGCACAUGUGUUCCUUAAAACUCAGUAAUAAUAUUUUAGCUAAAACUCCCCCCCUCCACUUUUCUAAUUAUCCAAUUAGACAUGGCAAAUACUAAACACUCAGGUUUCAUUCUUACUUUCUAUUCCACAUGAAUUCCCCUCCCCCCCUUUUUUUUUUACUAACAACUGCAAUAAAAUGAGUUAUAUCUAAAAUUUCCUCCCCUCACCAUCAUUUUUUUCAUUUUUGUUUUUGACCCUGUUUUUUCCUAGAGAAUGUUUAGUGAGCUAAUCUUCAGAUCAUAGUUAGUCAGCCACAAGAUGGAGCUGUUGUAAAGUUAACAUGAAUAAAACAAAUUCAUGUCACUAUUGGAGACCAUAUUCCCUUCCUUUAACACUUAAUUAAAGGAAAAAAACCAUAAAAAUCUGCUGAAAAUUAAGAUCUGAAACCAUUUCAAAGGAAGUACCAUUAGCAUUUCUUUCAUUUACACUAUAUUCUUCAAAUAGCUCCACUUUUUAAGAAUUUUAUUUUAAGAAAACAUUAAUAAAAUUGCAUAUAUUGAAUUUUUACUGGAAUAGUUAUCAGCCCUCUAUUUAUCAUCCAGAAAACAACUAUCUGGAAAAACUCUGGGUAACUCUGUAAACUAUUCGUAAAUAACGCUCACUGUAUCGAACAUCUGCAUGCAUUGUGGAGUAUGACAAUAAAACUGAACGUGCAUUUAUCAUA